CACUGGCAUGUUUUGAUUUAAAAAUCGCUGUCGGUGGACGUUUCUCCCUUCUGCUCCGGCAUCGUUGUCCUGUUCACAGCUAUUUAGGCUUAAGGAGCUUGAUUCUCUGAGGCUUGUAUCCAAGGGCAUCAGUCAUUAACACACUGAGCUACAUCUGCUUCUUGGCUAAGACUGAAGAAAGACAUCUUAAGCUGGAAAUCCUGCUCGCUCACUCUCUAGUGCGUACGGAAGGGGAAGCAUAUGCGGCAGCAGGUUCCUUUUUUCUUUUUUUUCCCUCUCUCUCUCCAAAGGCUGCCUCACUUUGGAGAUGCGGUGACAAGAUAAUGGAGUGAAAGUCUCUCAUUUCCAGGCAAGAAAAUUGAAGGACUCAGAGAGAGAGAGAGAAAGGAAGGAGCAAGUUACAAAGCAGAAACAGGAAAGAGGACAGUGGUAAAGAACUGAAAAUAAAAUUAGAGGAAACAGGUGGAAGGCUGGUAUAAAGCUGGGAGAUAUUUUAGACUGAAAGAGGUGUGCUCUUCUUUUUGCCUUUUUUUUUUUUCUUUUUCCCUUUCUCUUUUUUAGAGUCUUUUUUUUAAAUUGAUUUUAUUGUUGAUUUUAAAUUCCAAGCUGAUUUUGGAGAUCUCUGCAGUAACCAGGCUGCUUUGGAGUAGAACAGCUUCCCCAACGUGUCAUUUUCUCUCUCCCUGCCUGCUGUCUCUGCUGUUGCUGCUGCUGCUGCUGACAGAAACGUGUUAGGAAAGCAGAAAGGGAAAAUGCCAGCCAUCCUGGUAGCCUCCAAAAUGAAAUCGGGACUACCUAAACCCGUACACAGCGCUGCUCCGAUCCUGCACGUCCCGACGGCCAGGACCAUCCCACAGCCCUGUUACCUCAAGUUUGGCAACAAGGUGGAGGUGACCAAGCCAUUGUAUUCCAGCCAGAUUCCCCUCAAGUCUUCCAAUGGACAAGAAAACGCAGGAGAUGGCCUCCCAGCCAGGAAGAGCGGCUCGGUAGAAAAUGGAUUUGACACACAGAUUUAUACGGAUUGGGCCAAUCACUACCUAGCAAAAUCUGGUCACAAGAGAUUGAUAAAGGAUCUGCAGCAAGAUGUGACUGAUGGAGUGCUGCUAGCUGAAAUAAUCCAAGUUGUAGCAAAUGAAAAGAUUGAAGACAUCAAUGGCUGCCCAAAAAAUAGAUCUCAAAUGAUUGAAAACAUAGACGCGUGCCUGAGUUUCUUGGCUGCUAAGGGGAUUAACAUCCAGGGGCUGUCAGCAGAAGAAAUCAGGAAUGGGAAUCUAAAGGCCAUCCUGGGCCUCUUCUUCAGCCUGUCCCGCUACAAGCAGCAGCAGCAGCAGCCCCAGCACCAUCCGUCCCAGGGCCAGCCGGGGGGCCCUCAGCAGCAGGUGCCAGCCCCGGCCCACACUCCGUGCCAACAGCCCCCACAAGCUCUGCAGCAUCAGCUCAAAGCACAGCCAGAAAUGCAGUCCAGACUUCCAGGUCCCACCACGAGGGUGUCCGCUGCGGGCAGCGAGGCCAAAGCUCGUGGUUCCGUCAGUGCCAACAACCGCCGCAGCCAGAGCUUCAACAACUACGACAAAUCCAAGCCCGGGCUUCUCCCCCCAGCCCCAGCAAGCAGCAAUGACAAAGAGCCUGCAGACAGCACGGCCUCCCAGCCCACAGGAAUGAAUGAAAAUGUCUCAUCCUCAGUUCAAAGCUGCGGCAGCGCUGCUCCUUGCAAUAACUCCUCAGCCAUCCCUCAGCCCAGCUCUGCUAUUAAGCCUUGGCGCAGCAAGUCCCUCAGUGCCAAGCACACUGCGACGUCUUCCAUGUUAUCCGUGAAGCAGCCGGCCGCCGCCGAGCCUCCAAAGCCGCCCUCGGACAUCGCCAAAACCGCUCCCAACGGCCAGAAAUCCAUGCUGGAAAAGCUGAAGCUCUUCAACAGCAAAGGGGGUUCCAAAGCAGGGGGGACGGCGCUGGAGUGCCCGGGCUCUCGGGACAACAGCUGCGAAAGGCUGGAGACGCUUCUCAGCUUCGAGGAGAGCGAGGAGAUCGACGGCACCAACCUGAACGUGAGCGCCCCGGGAUCCAUGUCCAGCAGCCCCAAAAUUGCACUCAAGGGAAUCGCACAAAGGACUUUCAGCCGCGCGCUGACCAAUAAGAAGAGUUCUCCAAAGGGUAAUGAGAAGGAGAAAGAGAAGCAAAAAGAGAAAGAAAAGGAUAAAAGUAAAGACGUUGCGAAGAGGACGUCCAUCACAGAGAAGCUGGACCUGAAGGAGGAACCUAAAGAGGAACAGACAGCACUGACAACAACAGCAGAGAUGCCAAAAAAGUCCUCCAAGAUUGCGAGCUUUAUCCCUAAAGGAGGAAAGCUGAACAGUGCCAAGAAGGAGGCCUCUGCCCCUUCGCACAGCGGAAUACCAAAACCAGGAAUGAAAAACACCACAGGGAAAUCCUCAAGCGCCCCCGUUCCCGCCAAGGACGGCGAGAGGAGCCGCGGCGGCAAGGCCGGCUCGGGGCUCUCGCACCAGAAGUCCCAGCUGGACGGCCGUCACUCCAGCUCCUCCUCCAGCCUGGCCUCCUCCGAGGGCAAGGGCGCCGGGGGCCUGCACGGCAGCGGCAGCAGCCACGCCGUCAACGUGACCACGCACACCACGGGCAGCAACACCGUGAGCGUGCAGCUACCUCAGCCCCAGCAGCAGUACAGCCACCCCAACACCGCCACCGUCGCGCCCUUCAUGUACAGGUCCCAGACAGACAAUGAGGGGAACGUGACAGCCGAGGCCAGCACAGGAGGGGUCAGCAUGGAUUCUGCUCUGUAUGUCAAAACCGCCCAGCCUGCCCUGGAGGACCUCUCAGGAGAGGAUCCCGAGACGCGGCGGCUGCGAACCGUGAAGAACAUCGCUGACCUCCGGCAGAACCUGGAGGAGACCAUGUCCAGCCUGCGGGGAACCCAGGUCACACACAGCACUCUGGAGACCACGUUCGACACUACCGUCACCACCGAGAUCAGCAGCGGCCGCAGCAUCCUCAGCCUGGCGGCGCGGCCGACGCCGCUGUCCUGGCGCCUGGGCCAGUCCAGCCCGCGGCUGCAGGCGGGGGACGCGCCCUCCUUGGGGAACGGGUACCCGCCGCGGGGCCACGCCAGCCGCUUCGUCAGCGCCGAGCCCGGCGCCGCCGCGCGCUACCUGUACCCGGCGCCGCUGCGGCGGCAGCUGGCGGCACGCGGCAGCGCCCUCUGCCACGUGGACGUCACCGACAAGGCCGGCGACGACGGCGACCUCGAGGGCGUGGCCAUGGACGCCGGCGGCUACAUGAGCGACGGCGACGUGCUGGGCAAGAACAUCCGCGCCGACGACAUCACCAGCGGGUACCUGACGGACGGCGGGCUGGGGCUGUACAUGCGGCGCCUGAACCGGCUGCCCGACGGCAUGGCCACGGUGCGGGAGACGCUGCAGCGCGGCACGGCCCUGGGGCUCGGCGACGCCGACAGCUGGGAUGACAGCAGCUCUGUCAGCAGUGGGAUCAGUGACACCAUAGACAAUCUCAGCACGGAUGACAUUAACACCAGCUCCUCCAUCAGCUCCUAUGCCAACACGCCCGCCUCCUCCCGCAAGAACCUAGAUGCACAGACCGAUGCAGAGAAGCACUCCCAGGUGGAGCGGAAUUCCCUGUGGUCCAGCGAUGAGGUGAAGAAAUCGGACGGGGGCUCGGAUAGCGGCGUGAGGAUGGAGCCGGGCUCCAAGUGGAGGCGGAACCCGUCGGACGUGUCGGACGAGUCGGACAAGAGCACCUCUGGCAGGAAGAACGCCGUCAUCUCCCAGACGGGCUCCUGGCGACGGGGCAUGUCGGCUCAGGUUGGCAUCACCACGCCCAGGCCCAAACCUUCCACCGCCCCCGGCACGCUCAAGACACCUGGAACAGGGAAAACUGAUGACGCCAAGGUAUCAGAAAAGGGUAGACUAUCUCCUAAAGCUGGACAUGUUAAACGUUCCCCAUCAGAUGCAGGACGCAGCAGUGGUGAUGAAUCCAAAAAGCUUCCCACAAGUAACUCUAGGACAGCUGCUGCUAAUGCUAAUGCAUUUGGAUUUAAGAAACAGAGCGGGUCAGCCGUAGGCAUGACCAUAAUCACUGCCAGUGGGGCAACUCUCACCAGUAGAUCGGCUACCUUGGGGAAGAUCCCCAAGUCAUCUGGACUCAUGGGGAGGAGCACUGGUCGGAAGACUAGUGUGGAUGGCUCCCAGAACCAGGAUGAUGGCUACCUAGCACUUAGUGCACGAACUAAUCUCCAGUACCGUAGCUUACCCCGGCCCAGUAAAUCCAGUAGCAGAAGUGGAGCUGGGAAUAGAUCUAGCACGAGUAGCAUAGACUCCAACAUAAGCAGCAAGUCAGCUGGGUUGCCUGUCCCUAAAAUCAGAGAGCCUGCCAAGGUAAUCCUUGGGAGCUCCCUGCCAGGAUUAGUCAAUCAGACUGAUAAGGAAAAAGGGAUUUCGUCCGACAACGAAAGCGUGGCUUCAUGUAAUUCUGUUAAAGUGAACCCUGCGUCACAGCCUGCUGCUAGCGGAGCUCAGAGUACCCACCAGCAAGGAGUCAAGUACCCCGAUGUGGCCUCUCCCACUCUGCGCAGACUUUUUGGUGGCAAGCCUAGCAAACAAGUCCCCAUCACAACAGCUGAAAACAUGAAGAACUCGGUGGUCAUCUCCAACCCUCACGCCACCAUGACCCAGCAGGGUAACCUGGACUCCCCGUCUGGCAGCGGCGUGCUGAGCAGCGGGGGCAGCAGCCCCCUCUAUGGUAAAAACACAGAUCUCAACCAGUCCCCGCUGGCUUCCAGCCCCAGUUCUGCACACUCGGCUCCUUCCAACAGCCUGACGUGGGGCACCAACGCCAGCAGCUCCUCUGCAGUGAGCAAGGACGGCCUCGGGUACCAGUCUGUCAGCAGCCUGCACACCAGCUGCGAGUCCAUCGACAUCUCCCUGAGCAGCGGAGGAGGGCUGAGCCAUAACUCCUCCAGUGGCUUGAUUCCAGCCUCCAAGGAUGAUUCCCUGACUCCCUUCGUCCGCACCAGCAGUGUGAAGACGACGCUGUCUGAAAGAUAUACUCCAUCCUCGCAGCUCCGUAGUCAAGAGGACGCAAAGGAAUGGCUCCGGUCCCAUUCAGCAGGAGGACUGCAGGAUACUGCUGCCAAUUCCCCAUUUUCAUCUGGAUCCAGCAUCACAUCCCCCUCUGGAACCAGAUUUAACUUCUCGCAGCUGGCGAGCCCCACGAGCGCGGCGCAGCUGAGCCUGUCCAACCCCAGCAUGCUGCGCACGCACAGCCUGUCCAACGCCGACGCGCCCUACGACCCCUACGGCGACACGCGCCUCCGCAACAGCUCCAUGUCCCUGGACGAGAAGAGCCGCACCAUGAGCCGCUCCGGCUCCUUCCGCGACGGCUUCGAGGAGGUGCAUGGUUCUUCUCUCUCUUUGGUGUCCAGUACAUCAUCUAUUUAUUCCACACCUGAAGAGAAGUGCCAGUCAGAGAUUCGCAAGCUGCGGAGAGAACUGGAUGCAUCCCAAGAAAAAGUGUCAGCUCUGACAACUCAGCUGACUGCCAAUGCUCACCUGGUGGCAGCGUUUGAGCAGAGCCUGGGGAACAUGACAAUCCGUCUGCAGAGCCUGACCAUGACAGCAGAACAAAAGGACUCAGAACUGAAUGAGUUAAGGAAGACAAUUGAACUCCUGAAGAAACAAAAUGCUGCUGCUCAGGCUGCCAUCAAUGGAGUCAUCAACACACCCGAGCUCAACUGCAAAGGCCCUGGCACUGCCCAGCCCGCGGACCUGCGCAUCCGGCGGCAGCACUCCUCCGACAGCGUGUCCAGCAUCAACAGUGCCACCAGCCACUCCAGCGUGGGCAGCAACAUCGAGAGCGACUCCAAGAAGAAGAAGAGGAAGAACUGGUUACGCAGCUCCUUCAAGCAGGCUUUUGGGAAGAAGAAGUCUCCCAAGUCAGCAUCUUCUCAUUCAGACAUUGAGGAGAUGACUGAUUCCUCCUUGCCUUCCUCACCCAAGCUGCCACACCACACCACCACUGUUUCCACACCGCUGCUGAGAGCUUCCCAUUCCAACUCCCUGAUCUCGGAGUGCACGGACAGCGAGGCGGAGACGGUGAUGCAGCUGCGGAACGAGCUGCGCGACAAGGAGAUGAAGCUGACGGACAUCCGCCUGGAGGCCCUCAGCUCUGCCCACCAGCUGGACCAGCUGCGCGAGGCCAUGAACAGGAUGCAGAGUGAGAUUGAGAAGUUAAAGGCAGAGAAUGAUCGGCUGAAAUCCGAAAACCACGGCAGCUGCAGCAGGGCUCAGUCUCAGGUUUCCAUCUCCUCCUCCCCCAGACACUCCGUGGGUCUCUCCCAGCACAGCCUGAACCUCACAGAGUCAACCAGUCUGGACAUGCUCUUGGAUGACUCUGGAGAUGGCUCUGCCCGGAAAGAGGGAGGCAGGCACGUCAAAAUCAUUGUCAACUUCCAGGACGAGGUGAAAUGGAAGGAGGAUUCCAGGCCUCGCACUUUCCUCAUCGGCUGCAUCGGAGUCAGUGGGAAGACCAAGUGGGAUGUCCUGGAUGGGGUUGUGAGACGCCUGUUCAAGGAGUACAUCAUCCACGUGGACCCCGUGAGCCAGCUGGGGCUGAACUCGGACAGCGUCCUGGGCUACAGCAUCGGGGAGAUCCAGCGCACCGGCGGCGCCGAGACCCCCGAGCUGCUGCCCUGUGGGUACCUGGUGGGGGACAACAACACCAUCUCCGUGACCAUCAAAGGUGUCUGUGAGAACAGCCUGGACGGGCUGGCGUUCGAGUCGCUGAUCCCCAAGGCCAUCCUGCAGCGCUACGUGUCCCUGCUGGUGGAGCACAGGAGGAUCAUCCUGUCGGGCCCCAGCGGCACGGGCAAGACCUACCUGGCGGCGCGCCUCUCGGAGCACAUGGUGCUCAGGGAGGGCAGGGAGCUGGCCGAGGGCGUCAUCGCCACCUUCAACGUGGACCACAAAUCCAGCAAGGAGCUCCGCCAGUACCUGUCCAACCUGGCAGACCAGUGCAACAGUGAAAACAAUGCUGUGGAUAUGCCUCUUGUCAUCAUUUUGGAUAAUUUGCACCAUGUUAGCUCCCUAGGAGAGAUCUUUAAUGGACUCCUAAACUGCAAGUACCACAAAUGCCCGUAUAUUAUUGGCACAAUGAACCAAGCCACCUCCUCCACACCUAAUCUUCAACUUCACCAUAAUUUCAGGUGGGUGCUGUGUGCAAACCACACUGAGCCAGUCAAGGGCUUCCUCGGGCGUUUCCUGAGAAGAAAACUGAUUGAAACAGAGAUCAGUGGCAGGAUGAGGAAUGCAGAGCUGGUCAAGAUCAUUGAUUGGAUUCCCAAGGUCUGGCAACAUCUGAACAAAUUCUUGGAGGCUCACAGCUCCUCUGAUGUUACUAUUGGUCCACGGCUCUUCCUCUCCUGUCCAAUAGAUGUAGAUGGUUCUAGAGUUUGGUUCACUGACUUGUGGAACUACUCCAUCAUUCCAUAUCUUCUGGAGGCAGUAAGAGAAGGGCUGCAGCUGUACGGGAGGAGGGCUCCCUGGGAGGACCCUGCCAAGUGGGUGAUGGACACGUACCCGUGGGCAGCCAGCCCCCAGCACCACGAGUGGCCCCCGCUGCUGCAGCUGCGGCCCGAGGACGUGGGCUUCGACGGCUACUCCGUGUCCCGGGAGGGCUCCACCAGCAAGCAGGUCCCCGUCAGCGACGCUGAGGGAGACCCUCUGAUGAACAUGCUGAUGAGGCUGCAGGAGGCAGCCAACUACUCCAGUCCCCAGAGCUACGACAGCGACUCCAACAGCAACAGCCACCACGACGACAUCCUGGACUCCUCGCUGGAGUCCACCUUGUGAUCUCCUCACACAGAGGUGCUUUCCCCUUGGCAGGAGCCCUGAUCGAGGCUCCUGAAAGGAACACGUUCCUGGGCUGGGAUCUCAGUAUUAGAGCUGCAAGAACAAGACACUUGGAGCAAUCUUGAACCUGGGUGCAGGCAACCCAAGCGACCUUUGGAUUAUUUUCCUUUUGACCGUGAUGAGAACUGCACUACUCCUUUGUUUCCUUCCUUUUAGUUGCUGUAAGCUCUCAUGCCUAAGAUCCUGAAGAUGUUAAAAAUGAUCAUCAUCACGGAAGGGACUGGGGUGGGGGGCAGCUUCACAGCUGUGGAGCAAACAGCUUUGUGCCAUGUACUGUCUGGAAAGAGAGGGGAGAGAGGGAAUGUUUGCCUAUGCUGCUUCUGACCAAACACAUUCACCUGAGGGCUGGACUUUUACCAAUUAGCUUUGUGGAUUAAACUCACCUUCAUACAGUUCUGGUGCUAUAACAUUAUUGUUGCUUGCCUCAGUAAUAAUACUCGAUGAAGGCAAAGCUGCAAAACAGGGAAGUUUGGAUAAAUGUUAAAAAAAAAAAAAGAGAAAAGGAAAAAAAGAAACUUAAACAAAAAGCGCUGCUCUCCUCGCCAGUCUGAGACCUUGGCUUUCCUUUCCUUGUGUGUUUAUAAAGAUUAUAUAUAUAAAUAGGAAUAUAUAAAAAUAUAUAUACAGGCUGAACAAGUCAGGUUUUUUUCAAACACUGUGUAACAAUCAAUCCUGCUACAAGUGAAAGAUCAGGUAGCCCUUUGCUAGCCAGGGCCCAGUUCUCCUCCCACUCACACCCACGCCACCAGCUGGGCUGACUUCUGUGGCCUUUACACCCCCCAGCCCACCCUCCUGCACAGAAAUCAGUGCCAGGGCUGUGCCCCUUGGCAGGGCACAGGCACGGUGCUGAGCUCUGUACACAGAGGGGAGCUACACCCCUGCCAAGGGAUCAGUCAGGCUUUCAGAUUUUCAAUUCCUGCCACGAAGUGUUACAGCUGUUUUCGAAAAACUUUUGGGUUCUGUUCAGAGCUUUCAUUCCAAUCAGCACAGCCACAAGGGGGGUUAAUUGAAAUUCAGCUCUGUGGCAGUUCCAGUGCUACUCUGGUGACAAGACAUACUUCCACAACUUUUCUUUUUAAUUGCAAAGUAAAAAAAAAAAAAAAAAUAAUAAUAAUUUUAGCAGUAUUCAGAUCCGGGAGAAAAACAAGAAUGAGGUCCUGAGUACUGUGUCACGCACACGCCCACGCUGUCAGUGUUGAGGCUUGUACCUGUGCUGGGCAGCAGGAACAAACACCUCCCAAAGAGCUGCACUGUCCUGGUGGCACCACCACCCCAGCUGUACCUCAGCCACCACCCCAGCCCUCAGCAGGGACGUGUACCAGCCUCUCCAGCUCUCCUUUGGUGCUGACUCUGAAAAAGCGAUGCCUUAUUUUGUACUAAUUGUGUUUAAUUGAAUUAGUGCUGUAUAUUACGGGGUUUUAUUUAAAGGAACAGGGCUAAAGUCAUCUCUUGGAAUAUCAUAAGUUGCUGUGAAUAUUGUUUGUGUGAGAUACUAGAAUUUGUUUAAAUGUGACAAAAAAAAAGGAGGGAGAUGAGAUAACGUUUCAGGUUCAUAUCAAUCCGCAGCUAAUAAAUCACUGAAGAGCUGUUUUAUCCAUGCAGGAGGGACAAAAGAAGCUUUUCAACUCUAAUAAAUUACAGGAAUAUGCUGGUUUUUCAAUGUACAGUAAGAAAUCUUACUACAAACACUUUUUCAAGAGCUUGUGGGUUAGAAGGAACACAGCAGACAAGUUCAUGCUUCUGUGGCUCAGCUUGAGAGGAUGGUUUUAUUAUACCUCAUGACUUUCUGUAAUAUAACUGUACUUUGUCUUACUAAGCUGGUCUUGAAUCUGCUCCUGUUACAACUUUUAAAUGCUGAUGACUUUUUUUUUUUAAAGAAAAAUAUUGUAAAAGGAAAAAAAUUUAAAUAUUUUAAUGAUGGGGGAGAAGAGCUUGGUGUUGUUACCAUUUUAACCUUAUGAACUCUGAUUUCCUUAUUUCACUGAAUGGAAUAACAAAGGUUACUCAGCCACUUUUCCUAAUCCAGUUCUUGGUACUGUAAAAAAAUGGGUUAGAUCUGUAUAGAAUCAAAUCCAUGGCAUGCUGAUGAUGAGUUUGAGAGAAGUUAAUUUUUCCAGUAGUCUUGACAAUUCUGCUUCCCAGCACUGACUUUUCCUGCUACUACUGUGAAUUUUGGUACCUAAUCCCCCAACUGAAUCCAUGCAGACAGAGCAUGUGCCUGUAAAAAAAAAAAAUCCAGUUGCAGGGCUAGGGCUUUAAAUGGGCUCAACAUCCUAGAAAAUGUCUCGGUUUACCUUUAACAGAGUGCUAAAAGACAUGUUUAAAGUAGUAUUUUAUUUGUGGGGAACGGGGUAUCUUAUUUUUUUCUCUCAUGUUUAAUCCUGUGCCUAAGCUCAGGAAGAAAUUUCUAUUACCUGUUCUUUUUAUUUUUAUUGUCACUAGCUUGGCUUAAAGUGAGAGAGGCAAUUUUGUAUAGGCUAGUCCUUCUGAGCAUCACAAUAUUCCGUGUCUUUUCUGCAACUUCGGGAAGCAGGGUUACCUGUUGUGCACACAUCUUAGUUUUUACCAAGACUUUUCAUAGAUUAAUCUUUCUUUAGGUGACUUCGUUCUCAUUUAAGGCUUUUUCAAAACACUUCUUUUUUUUUUUUUUUUUUUUUUUUUCCCUCUUCCUUACAAAGUCGGCUUGUUUAAAAAAAUACCAACAAGAAAUGCAAGAUUCUAUGCAACAUUCGUGUUGAGUUAGAGAUUGAGAGAAUAAAAUAAAUCAUUUUCUUUCCUUCAGAACUGCCAAGAAUGAUACAGGCCAUAAAUGAGAUGUGGUUUAUUUGGGGAAGGGGAGGGAGGGGGUUGUUAGCCUUUUUGUACAUUUUGAAAGAAGCAAACUUGAUAUUUCAUUGUUGAUGCUUAACUUCGAUAUUAUGUGUAUGAAAUCUUGUCUAAAUGUGGCAAUUUUUCUUUCAAGGAAAAAAUAAUAUACAAAAAACAAAGCAAAAAAAUCUUUGUUGAUAUUAAAUGGAAGGUUGCUGUUUUGAUCUAGUCGUUUCCAGUGGAACAGUUUAUGAAAUAUGUUCUAUAAGAUGUACAUUUUUUCAUUGUAACAUAGAAAUGUAAAUAUUUGAUUAAAAGUGCUGCAUUUUGAUGAAUUUUUUCUAGCCAUUUUUAAAGAGAAAACUAGGAAUUGAGUAUUUUGUGUACGUUUAUGAUGUUUUCCAUUUGCUCCUUUCCCUAUUUAAUUUUCAGUUCUCAUUUAGGAUUGGAAUUUGUGAAUGGUCUGUUUGAGAUCAUGCCUCCCCUUCUCACUGUCCCCGUUUCUACCCCUUCCCCGCCCUGUGUCAUGGAGAAUAAAGCUGAUGAUUGUACCAGUCUUAAAUUAUUCAUGAUUCAAUAAAAUUGAUGCUUAUUUAUUCAGA